AUGAUUUCACAGAAUUUCUCAAUGCUCAUGAAAAACAAGCCUGUAGUUAAUGGUUUUCUUGGUAACAACAGAGGUGACAAUUAUAAAGAGUCGAUUGAAACUAUGCUUAAAAUUUGUAAAAUUAUGGGCUGCAUAAUGUCCUAUAAACGUCAUAUUAUGCUAGAUUCUCACCUGGAUCCAUUUAAAGACAAUAUGGGUGCCUACUCAGAGGAACAAGGAGAACGUUCUCACCAAGAUGUGAUGGACUUUGAACAACGUUACCAAGGGCAGUACAACAAGAAUAUGAUGGGAGAUUACAUUUGGGGUUUAAUACGAGAAAGCCCAUACAAACAUAAGAGAACUACUAAAAAUAUUCAUUUCAGAACUUGA